AUGGAAGCUACCUUAUCCGCGGCUUCAGUAUCUUCUCUUGCCACGAGGCAGCAAAAACGAAAGGAGAGCAGAAACAACUGUAUGGUCAGGAAAGAGCCACAGUCAUGCGUAUACACAUGCUCUCGAGGUCCCAAGCCUGCAGCUGUUUCUGACACAAUCAAACCCAAGCACGCAGAAAGCAUGCAGGAAAGGAUUGAUCGCUUAGAAAUUCUUGUUACAAGUCUUGCUUCUCAAAGUCAAAAAUCUGGUGAUCUUGCAUACCGAUCGGUACAGCCGAAGAUCAAUAGACCGUCUCCCAUUGGCGGGACAUCUCUCUGUACAGUCAAAGACCCUACUGAGUUCAAGCCAGAGAUUAGCCACGGCUCGGGAGUAUUGAAUGUCGACGAAAACCAUACAUUAUACAGAGGCACUACUCAUUGGGGUGAUGUCUUCCAGGAAAUAUCUGACCUUAAGACAUUAUGGAGUCAAGUACAAAAAGAUCAGGAUUCGGGUAAUCUACUGAAGCUUCAUACUUCGUCUUCUGGUUCGUACACCACUGGACCACCUAUGUUGCUGCGACAAUAUAAGCCGGCCUCACUCGAAGAAAUCUUAGCCACAAUACCAGACAGGGCUGCCGUUGACAAACUGUUGGACAGAUUCUGGGACAAUGACGAAUCGCCUGUUCCUACACUUCAUAUCCUGCACAGACCUACCUUUAUGCAACAGUAUGAAGAACACUGGCAGAAUCCAAAUGAGACAAGGACCAUGUGGAUCGCUCUACUGUUUGGUAUCAUGGGUCUUGUCGUGUUAUCCUAUCAUCUCAUAGAGGACGAGCCUCCCGAAUAUGAAGGUAUCUCGGAGCAAAUGUACGAACUUUAUCGCCUCAGAACAGCUCAAUGUCUUACUCUAGGCGACAUAACAGCAUGUGCUCCUCACACGAUUGAAGCAUUACUCUACCACACUUUUGGGGAGGUCGCUCGCAAGAGUGAUUCCGGCGGAGGGGUUUGGAUAUUAUGGGGAAUGGUCACGCGAAUUGCUUUGCAAAUGGGCUAUCAUAGGGAUCCAUCACAAUAUCCAAAUAUAUCGCUUCUGCAGGGCGAACUUAGACGUCGAAUAUGGCUCUGCAUAAUUCGACUAGAUGCCAUAUUUUCCUUUCAAAUGGGUCUUCCAAGUAUGGUCAGAGCUGAAACUCAUGAUAUCCAAGAGCCACGAAACAUUUACGAUUGGGAAUUGUAUGAGAAUAUGACAGAUUUACCGUCGUCGAGGCCGAGGACAGAGAUAACGCCUGUAUCUUAUUUGCUUGCCAAGGAUAUCCUCCUUAAAGCUAUUGGUGGAAUAGUCGAUCUGCUCAGUUCUCUCAAACCCUAUUCUUACGAGGAGGUUCUAAGAUUGGAUGAUGAGCUCUCAAGAGCACAGGCCGAGAUGCCUGCCUAUCUUCAAAUGCGCUCUUUGGAAGACUCGAAAGGGGAUCCACUGACUUUAAUUAGUCGCAGGUUCCAGCUCGAAAUUCUGUUUCAUCAAGCGAUGUGUGUUCUCCAUCGCAAAUUUGUGGCACAGGGUAGAUUGGAAAGACGGUUCCAACCAUCUCGGAAUCGAUGCAUUCGAUCCGCGAUGGCCCUGUUGUCAAUUCAAGAUCUGUUGUACCAGGAAGCCAAGGGAGAAGUGGGUGAACAUAUACAUUUUACACGACAUUGGUAUCGCUUUUGUUUUACAAGCCAGGACUUCAUUACUGGGUCUAUGAUAUUGGCUUUAGAUCUUAGACAUCGAAGAGUCGCGGAAGCAGCUAACGGAACGCAACUAUCAGGGACAGAUUUCAGUGACGAACAGAUCAUUGCUGCUUUACAGAGGGCUUUCAGAAUAUGGGACUAUGCGCAAGAAAGUGUGCCGGAUGCUCAGAAAGUAUACCGUGUCUUGGCUCAUAUGCUUGACAUGCUUGGAAUCAUUCAAACCGUGGAGAAUCCCCAAAUUCCAGAGGUACCCGCUACAAGUGCCCUUUCCCUUUCCAACGAGAUUUCGCAAGGGAUUAUCGGAUUAGAGAACGAAGUGCCGCUGGAUACGAUGAAUAUCGACUGGGCGAUGUGGGAUUCAUUCAUUGAAGGUACAAGCUUUGAAGAUGCUUUCGGCUCCAUGCUCACUCCGCCUACCACAAAUUCGACGGUGAAUACAGACACUAGUGCGGAGUUUUUACUGUUCGAUUCAGAGCUAGCUCCAUAUACGUGA